AUGUCUGAUAUUUGCACAUCCGAACCAGCUGGAGCCAUCAGGGCUAUAGACAAGCACUCUGUGCAUCAGAUCUGCUCAGGACAAGUGGUUCUGACUUUGGCUACUGCAGUCAAAGAGCUGGUGGAGAACAGCAUUGAUGCUGGAGCCAGCAGCAUUGAUGUCAAGCUGAAGGAGUGCGGCGUUGAACAAAUAGAAGUGUCCGACAAUGGCAAAGGUGUUGAAGAGGCUAACUUUGAAGGACUCACACUGAAGCAUCACACGUCAAAGCUGAGGGAUUUCUCCGAUCUCAUCCACGUGGAAACAUUUGGCUUUCGAGGUGAAGCCCUCAGCUCUUUAUGUGCUUUGAGUGACCUGAGUGUGAUUACAUGCCACGAGUCGAGUCAGGUGGGCACCAAGCUGGCGUUUAACCAAAAAGGCCACCUCGUGCACAAGUCCCCUCAUCCUAGGCAGCAGGGCACCACAGUCACCCUGCAGCAGCUCUUCUACACGUUGCCCGUUAGACACAAGGAGUUCCAGCGCAAUAUUAAGAAGGAGUAUUCUAAGAUGGUACAUGUCCUGCAGGCGUACUGCAUCAUCUCUACUGGAGUACGAAUCACCUGCUCCAACCAGAAUGGGCAGGGGAGGCGCAGCACCGUCCUCAGCACCGGCGGCAGCCAAAGCGUCAGAGACAACAUUGGAGCCAUAUUUGGACCAAAACAGCUUCAGAGUCUUCUACCUUUUCAGCAAGUGUCUCCGACAGAGAAUAUUGUUGAAGAAUUUGGACUCAAGGAUGCAGAUCUGCCCAAACAGCUGUUUUCAAUCACAGGGUUUGUGUCGAGGGGUGACCACGGAGUCGGACGAAGUGCCACAGACAGGCAGUUCUACUUCAUCAACAACAGGCCUUGUGACCCCCUAAAGGUCACCAAACUUGUGAAUGAAGUUUAUCACGUGUACAACAGGCACCAGUAUCCGUUUGUUGCCUUAAACAUAGUUGUUGCCUCAGAGUGUGUGGAUGUGAAUGUAACUCCAGACAAACGGCAGGUUUUCCUCCAAGAGGAGAAGCUCCUGCUGGCUAUUUUAAAGACCUCCCUCAUCUCCAUGUAUGAAGCUGGAGUCAAUAAAAUCAGCCUGAACUGCACAUCCAUUGCAUCGUCUGCGUCUGAAGAAGUCAUCUUCUCUAAAGAGAACAAGGCAGAACCUGCAGAGGAGGCUCAAACAGCGAGCCAGAGCCCAAAGUCAUCCUUGAACCUGGCCGCCCUCAAAGCUGCUUUUUCAAACCACACCAGCACCAGUUCUGGGAACAAGUCGGGCAAGGAGAAGACUCCCAGCUGUGGCCCAACCCAGAAAACACUGCAGUGUUUCUUCAAGGAUUCUGCAAAACCUGCUUGCAGCCAAAGCAUGAAGACUCCUUUAAAACCCGCACGAGAUAAAUCUAAUUUCUUGCCAGCUGGAAGGUCCGUGCUGGAUGGGUUUAGGUAUGCAGGGUGCGAGAAGGACUCUAAAGGAGACGGUGCUGUGUCCAGUCAUGACUUCACAGCAUCAGCACCAGAUGUGCACCAUUCUGACCCAGAGCGUAACUCUGUAGAAGAGGAGUCGCUUGUUUCAGCAGCGUAUAGUCGUCGUCGUGCUCCUGAGGAUCCAGAACUUCAGACUGAAGCUGCUGAGGACUCCACACUAAGCCCCGAGGCCAAAAGAGCCAGGACAGAGGACCUGCGUGUCACUGCAGAACAAACGUCUGACGCUUCUUCAAACGUUGAUACCUCUUCCCCGGUGGUGGACGUCCUUGUCCGCCUGCAGAGGAGGACGAGGCAGGUACGGCUCUCCCUGAAGGAGCUGUCAGCGAACCUGAGGAAGCUGCAGGAGCAGCAGAAACGGAGGUCCAGUGAGGAGCUGCAAUACAGACGCUUCAGGGCCAAGAUCAGCCCCGGAGAAAACCAAAGUGCAGAGGACGAGCUCAAGAAAGAGAUCAGCAAAGAAAUGUUUAAAGAAAUGGAGAUCAUCGGUCAGUUUAACUUGGGCUUCAUCAUUACCAAAUCGAACUGGGACAUCUUCAUCAUUGACCAGCAUGCCACAGAUGAGAAGUUCAACUUUGAGAUGCUGCAGCAGCACACUGCGCUCCAGGGACAGAAACUUAUUGCCCCAAAGAAACUCCACCUCACUGCAGUCAGCGAGAACACACUGAUGGAAAACAUGGAGAUUUUCCAAAAGAACGGCUUUGAGUUUCUGAUUGAUGAAGAUGCUCAGGUGAUGGAGAGGGUUAAGCUGGUUUCCUUGCCCACCAGUAAGAACUGGACCUUCGGCCCUGCUGACAUCGAAGAGCUGAUCUUCAUGCUGACUGACAGCCCAGGUGUCAUGUGCCGCCCCUCCAGAGUCAGACAGAUGUUCGCCUCCAGAGCCUGUCGCAAAUCAGUGAUGGUUGGCACCGCGCUGAGUGUCAGUGAGAUGAAGAAGCUUGUGGUUCACAUGGGGGAGAUCGAACACCCGUGGAACUGUCCCCACGGCAGACCUACUAUGAGACACCUGGUCAACCUGGACAUGAUAUCACAAAACUGA